AUGAGUGGGUUCGUAGAGAUUGAACUCAAAGUACGGGACUAUGAAUUGGAUCAAUAUGGUGUUGUUAACAAUGCGGUCUAUUCUAGUUAUUGUCAACUUGCACAUCAUGAGGUUUUAGAAAGACUUGGUCUGGCUGGUGAUACAGUUGAAAGCAGUGUUGGUACAAUAGCACUGUCAAAACUUUCACUCAAUUUCCUGGCACCUCUCAAGGGUGGAGACAAGUUUGUUCUGAAGGUAACGCUGGCGAAAUACUCGGCUGCUCGAGUAUUCUUUGAACAUUUUAUCUACAAGUUGCCGAAUCAUGAGCCGAUCCUUGAAGCGAAUUCAGUUGGUGUUUUACUGGACAAAAAUUAUCGUCCUGUUCGUUUUCCUACAGAAGUGAGAUCUAAGUUAGAAGAGUUUAUGAUGCAUCAAGAAGGCUCGACGCUUAUUCAUCAUACUAUGCCUACUGCUGCCGCGCCAUUGAAUGGGUUGAUGGCCAUUAAUGAUUUCAAAUCUAUGUGA